CAUCAGCUACCUGGGAAAUGACCAAACCAAAAGGCUACUGGUCACCUGGAGGAGUCUGGACAUCUCUGGUCUGUGACCAUUCCUACCUAACCCCAGGUCUGGCACUAGACUGUCUACGUGAUACUAGUAUUUGGGUGUUCGGGGAUUCCAAUGGCGUUCGUCUCUAUUGGCAGCUUGAAAGUGUGACUCGGUGCAGCACCACGCAACCAGGAGCAUGGCCGCACAAAGCGGUGUGCAAAAACAAAGGAAACAAUAUCACUUUGUCAUUCACCCCACACGAAUACCCGAUUUAUCUUGGUGCCUCUUGGACAACUAAGCUCCCCUACGAUGGUGUAGUCCAGCAUAUAGACGCCUUGCCUUCAAAUGGUAAAAUAAUUGUCAUAUUCCAUUACUAUCUUCACGCAAUGACGUCACAUUUGAGUUUUGCCGAGCUACGUCUUAGAUCUGUAACUGCAGCCUGCAAGCGACUUUUGGACAGAAACCCUGAUGUAACAAUAGCUUUCCGUGGUCCACACGUUUCAUCAUUUGAAUGGGACAUCAAUCACACCAUAAGUGGAGACAGUCUGGGAACAUUUUAUGUAAAGAUUAUUUUAAAUGUGUUUAAAGAUUUAAUGAACAGAAUAAUUUUUUUAGACGUUUGGGACAUGACAAUAGCUUUGGAGAACUCAGAAUUUCAUCCAACGGAUGAUGUACCUAAAUACAUGCUUAAUAUGUUGUUGUCAUUUAGGUGUAACACUACCGGGUAUUUUAGACAUCGUUAG